AUGAUCCGAUCAAUUUCAGCUCGUGCGCGUUCACCCGAACUCUGCCAAAAUGAAGAAACCGUUCUCAUCGUGAAAGAGGAUGAAGAAAAGAACGAAAGAAAUGAUAAGAGGGUGAUCUUCAAUAACAAAGUGGAGACGGUACCGAACCCAGCGCACAAUUCAUUAAUUUUCCAGAAGUUUCAGUUCUACUUCAGACAGCCUCCGGGCUAUUUAAGAAGUUGGAUUCAUCUUUGCAUCGGAAGAAGUAACAAAAAAUUAUAAAAAUAGAGAUAAUAAAUUUUAUCCAGGGCGAUCGGCACGAGAGCGACUUUUGAAUGGAAACCUCAAAAUUGAGGAACCUGCCAACUUGAAAAAAGAAGCCGUGAAAGUUUCGCCAAAAAAUCAAAUGGAAACUGUUGCGGAAAUAAACCACCUCACCAAGGAGGAGAACGUUGAUGAGGACGCUGACAAGAUUUCUGAAUACGAAGACGCCGUGGAAGAAGGAGCGAGAAAUGAAGAGAAGAAAAAAGAAGAAGCGGAAGUGGAGGGAAAACAAAACGGGGAAAAAAAAUCGGUGAAGGUCAACGACGGGCAGAAGAAUCAGAAUGUGGAAGGAGAAGUCCAGGCCGGGAAAAAGGAUGAAGAAGCUGAAUCCGAGGAAGCCGCUCCAAACGUUCCGUUACCACUCUCGCCUGAUAUCUUGGAACAGGUAGUUAAGUUUUGAAUCUUUUCCUGACCUUCAAAUCAACAAUUUGAAAGCCUUACUUAUCCAUAUUGCUCCCAACACUACACUACAGUUUUCCUUGGUCCACUGGUUCAAUUUUAUGAAGUAAGGCCCUUUGUCAUCAGGAGUAUAGGUCAGAUUAAAAGUUCAAGAUUCUCGUUAAAAAUUUUAAAAAAAGGCUCCAAAAAGGUUAGAUUCAUUUGAAGCAUAACUAUCUGUAUGAGCCUAAAAAUGGCCUCAAAUCAACCUGCAGAAGGCGUGAAAAAUUCAGAAAGACAGUUAUUAGGAAGACAUUUCAUCCAGGUUAUCGUGAUUUCCUUUCAACUUUUUCAAUUCCUCAUACAUCCAAAAUAUUCGCAAAAGGUCGUAAGAACCAAUUACAGGCCAUGGCUUCGGUGGACAAGACGCUCAAUCUCCUGAAUAUCCUCAAGACAAGUCCAUUCCUUUACGUACUGACGCCGUUUCUUCCGAACCCGCGAUCGGACUCUCUGAUGUGUUGCUUUUUGCGUGAAAAAAUCCCGACACUGAACGGAUGGCACCUCCCGGAGUGCAAUGUCGCCGAGGAGCAGAAAAACCUCCGGGCCUAUGUAAGUAAUUCUAGUAGGAAACUGUCUGAAGCUCUAGAAGAAACGUCUUUUCCUCACAGCAAACAGGACUAGUAUUGUGAUCCUAUUUCAGAUACCCGUUAAAGUAGAUAAAUAUAAGCCAGAAGCACUGAAGCUGAAAGAAACGGUAGAUUUGUUAUUUCGAGAAACGCCAAUGCGUCAUACAAUUUCCCGCAAAAAGGCCUCAUCAAUAUUUUUUCAAAGUCUAGAGCUCAUUACCGGGAACUCAUCUCGAUGAUAAAAAACAGUCAUAGUAGUAGUAGGAACUAAUUACUGCUGAUCAGAACCAGCCAAGCAGAAAAGUAGGUGCCCUCAUGAUUUUCUAGAAUGCUAAUGAUUCACCAUUCUUCCGCUGCAUUGGGCACACUUCAAAAACUUUCAGAUUAACAAAAAAUAUUAUGCAAGAAUAGGAAGUUUAUUAAUCUGAGAUUUCCAUGAGGGAUUUUGCAGUUAUAACAACCUUUUUUUAGAAUAGAAAAUUUCGCAAAGGAUAUUCUAAUCAGAAGAAGUUUGAGGCUGUUCAAAAGAGCUAUAUAUUUUUAUAUCUUGCUUUGCACAAAAAUAGUAUAAAAAUACAUGAAAGUCAUUUUUUCCGUACGCUUUGCCGUUGCUUCGAAACAUUCUUGUUACAGGUAGAGAGUAAAAAAAAACUAUAUCGAGUCUGCAGAAAAAAAUGAAACUUUUUCGUGAUAAUUGUCUUAUUUAAAUGUUCAGCAAGCUUUCCGCAAAUGUGAUGUUUGGCAAUUUGAGAAAAAUGAAAAAAUGAUUUCCAAACUCAACGAACUUUUCUAAAGCAAUGAAAAAUUCAGGACACUUUCCGCCGUGCUUAUUACAAACGAAAGCCGGAUCGCAACACCAGCGUUCCUCGUUUUCCGGUAAUCUAUCUCUCCAAUAGAUUCCUCUUCGAAAAGACCCUCUAUGAAGAGCAGCAAACCGUGCAGAAUAUGCUGGAUCGAGUGAGUUUUCAAAAUUUUAUACUUUUUUUAAACUGCGGUUGAAAAACAUCUGAAUUAUGAGAUUAAACUGACAAAAAAUAUAUAUUUACAGCGGGUUAGAUUUUUUUGGAAUUUGACAAGAAGUAGCCAUUUAGGAAUUCUGAUCUUUUGCAUUGCAGCCUGCAUGACUUCCAAUUUUGGAAGAGUCUUCUUAAAACUGUAAAAAGUCAUCAGACUUCGACUAUUGUAAUUUCAUAUUAAAAACACUCCUAUUCAGCUGCAGGAAAAGGAAAACUGUUACGCCUACUCGAACCACGGGAUUUCUGAGCUGCGGCUCCUGCGUGACGGCGUUCAACUGGUCAAUCAGAACGAGGUGAACUUAAAAGUUUUAAUAAUGAUAUAAGUUUGACCAAAUUUUCGACUUCAAUUUUCCUUUUGAUAUCCUUAUAGCCGCUAAUUUUUAGUCCUGUUCCCGGAAAUAACUUUUUAUCGCUCGCAUUAUUAGAAAAAUCAUAUCUGGACGCUUUGAGCAGAGCUGUUGACGGGGCGUUUCGGGGAACCUCGUUUGUACAAACGGCCCGCCCCUUCGAGUAAAAAAGCUGAAAAAAUGAAGAGUAAGGCAAAACUACGGCGAGAAAGUGACUAUUAGUGGAAGAAAAAAAAAUUGCUUCAUGAGCUGGGCUCUGGCUCCGGCUGAUGAUUCAUAUAUAGGGUCUGAAAAGCAUUAAAAGAGUUUUCUACGAAGUUCCAUAUUGUCCAAUAAAGAAACACACCCAAGGAGGGAGGAUAUAGCUUCCAUAAUUUCAAAAAAUGGAGAAAUGAAAACUUGCAGCGUGUCCUCGAAUCGUUCAACUAUGGAAGUCUCGUCCAUGCUUAUCAGGAUAAGAAUGAUAAGAAUUGCUUCGCCAUCGUCUACACCCACAAGACAUCUCCGGCAGUUUACGCCUUCUCUACUGUGACUGCGGUUAGUCUCUUUUUCUCCAAAUGACAACUUUAAAUUGGUCAAUUUUAAUCCUCUCUCUCUCUCUCUCUCUCUCUCUCUCUCUCUCUCUAAUGAAUAACACGAUGUCAACAAAAGUUUGUAAGGAAUCCAAUUUACAGGGUCUGGCGGUGGAUCUGUUCGUGGCCUUGUCGCUGGCCUACGAGGCGUACAUGGCUCGGAAGGAACGCGAGAGCCAUCUCCUCAAUGACAAAAAAAAAUAA